UGUCAUCAUAACAAAAUUAUCAAUGACGAAACACAAUAGUUAGUGGAUCAUUUUACGUUGAAAGUAGAUGCAAUGCAACGGCUUUGAGGAGUGUGGUGGGAUAUACAAUUAGAGUCAGAGAUGGUAUUAAAGGUAAUUUGGGCGUAAUUGCUAUUCAAAGCCCAAAAUGAAAUAAAGAAGCCUGUCGAAAACGGGUGGAAUCCUCUCCUGUUUUUUUAGCACAAUAUUUCCGGCUGCCUUGACUUUUGACUGCAGCGGUGGAGCCAAUUGCUUGUAAAACUGCUGCCGCGGGGUAUACGGUGGCGAGACUCGUCGUCAAAACGGGUGGAUUCCUCUUCUGUUUCCAUUCUUGAUCAAUUCCUUUCGAUCCCUCGCUUUAGGUAGAAUUGAAUUGCUCAGUAGCUGGCUGCAUCCUGUAGUAGAAAGCCAUGAACAGCCACAAAGGUAGCUGCGAGUUGGGGUUAAGUAGGAAAAGUCGCAGUGGGGAAGAAGAAGAAGAAGAAGAUAGGUUAAGCCAUCUUCCAGAGCCCAUUCUUCAUCACAUCCUCUCGUUUCUCGACACAAAAUCUGCGGUUCAGACCUGUGUGUUGUCCCGGCUGUGGAGAUGCGCUUGGAAAGGUGUCCCCGUCCUCGAUCUGAGCUUCCGUUCAUUCCAGCAGUAUCCGACUUUCCGAAGGUUUAUCCUUGAGUCUGGAGAUGUCAGUAUGUCUGUGGAGGUCAUCCAAUAUGCUUUAACCCAUGAUGCUCAACAUCUAGUUAUCAAGCUGGAAAAUUUUGGUAAGCUAAAUGGAAGUGACAGAUUUUCGAACUUGUUUGGCACAAUCUUGAAUUGCAACCUCAAAACUUUAGAACUAAGGUAUGCCUGCAUCGACAGUGGCCUUGGAUCUUGUGGGUUCCAAUUGCUGACAACUUUAAGUUUGAGAUUGUGUUCACUGGCUUCUGAUCAACACGAGGACUUCUUUUCUAGCUUUCCCUCUUUGAAGAAUUUGGUCCUGAUUCGUUGCAAACCUUGGGACUGCAACUCCGCAGGGGUUGAUGAUAAUGGUCUUAAGAUAUCUGGAGCCCAAUUGCUUAGCCUGAAACUGGAGUAUAUGAAAUGUUUCAAGAUGGAAAUAUUUGCUCCAAGGCUCAAAUUCUUCAGUCUUCUGCAUAAGCUGGAAUCCCUGUCAUCCAUCAAGUUAAGCAUUCCUUCCCUCGAUCAUGCUGCUAUCUUGUUGGAUGACUGGUACAAUAAUGCUGGGGAGUACAAAGUACGGGUGGCACAACGUUUGAUUCCUUUGUUCCAAGGUUUGAAUAAUGCAACAUCUCUCACGCUUGAUUUGCGCAGCAUUGAGGUGUUGAGUAAUAUUUCUGUGUUGCUGGCAGAACAACCCUCUCCCUUUACAAGAUUGAAAUCCUUGAUCGUGACAACUUAUAGUGAACAAGACAGUGUGCCCAAUGAGUUGGUCAAUUACUUUCUUAAAGGGUCAUCUAGUUUGAACCCAAAUGUUGAGUUUGUUAGGUCAAACUUCUUUUAAGAAUAUAGUUACCAUAUUAGUUUAACCAUUUGCCUUAGAUUCUAAUGGUGGUACGCCGUAAGCAAUAGGCUAUACUUCCUUUCUUUUCAGAUCAUUUACCAAUAGGUCAUGAAUUUACCAAUCUACUUGUUCUGCC